GCAAGACGUUGAACUAUUCGAGUGAUUAUAAACAGUUUGUGAUGUUGUGUAACAUUCCAAUGAAAAGCAAUAAAACAAAUAAUUGAACACCUAAUGUAUAUGACUUCAAUUUUAUCUUAUCUACAACGUAAUUUUAGGAAGUGUGAAAUACAAAAAUAGUUGAUAACAUAAAUACGCAACAAGAAGAAGUAUGAAAGAUAACAACAAUAGUACUAUUCAAGGCAUAUUUCAAGAUUUGAUAAAAAAUAUUCAAAUAGACAACGAAGUUAAACAUGUAUCAGACGAAUUUUCGAAGAUAUCUUCUUGUUCAGAGAAGGUAUCUUUUGUGUACGCGCUUUUAAAACGAUAUAACCUUUUACCUGGAUUAGUUGUCGACGAGAAAAGAAACGAAGAGGCUAUCAAAUUAAGAGAACAUGGAAAUCAAAAAUUUAAAGAAAAAAAACUGAAAGAGGCGUUAGAUUUAUAUACCAAUAGUUUGGCGUACGCCGAGAAAAAUUCUGAGCAUUAUCCAAAAGCCAUAGCAAACAGAUCCGCAGUAUUAUUUGAACUGGAAUUAUAUGAAGAAUGUAUAAAGGACAUUGAAACAGCUUUAGACCACAAUUACCCAAAAGAAUUACAACUGAAGAUCAUUAAAAGGAAUGAAAUCGCUAAAUCCAAAAAGACAACCAAUAAAAAAAUCCAUUAUUUCCAACAAAUUCCUGUAAUACCAAAAGAUUCCCAAUCAACUUCAAUUCAAAGCGCCUCGAACAUUUUAGAAAUAGAAAUAUCAGACGUGCAAGGCAGAUACGUAGUAGCCAAAGAAAACAUCGAAAUCGGUGACGUUCUAGCUGUUGAAAAACCGUUCUGUCAUGUAUUAGCUUCAGAAUUUUUCACUCAUUGUCACGAAUGCUUAAAACUUUGCUACAACCUGUUACCAUGCCCGAAUUGCACGCAGGUACUAUAUUGUAGCAUAGAAUGUCAAAAUAAUGCUAAAAUAUAUCAUGUAUACGAAUGUAAAAUAUUAAAGACUUUGCGGAAUUUGAAUUUAGAUAAAUUGAAGCUUUUGCCUCUAAAAAUAGCCAUAUCGGUGAAAAACAGUUACAGUUCAAUUAGUCGUAUUAAUGAGGAAUCGGAAAGUUUUUAUAGGUCCGACAGAUAUAAGGAAAUUCACAAUUUAAUUUCAAAUACUCAGUCUCGCACGGUAGCUGAUUUAUUUGAAAGGUCCACGACAGCAGCUAUUGUUUUCAAUUUAAUACAUGAACACACGAAAUUCUUCAAUUCAGUAUUAGAGGAGAGCAUUUUCAAAGAAUUAUAUUUGAGGCAUUUGCAAAUUGCUCCAUGUAAUUUCCACGAAAUAUCAGAGUUACAUCAAAAUCAAGACGAUUAUUUUGAAGCCCAAGAAAUAGGUGCUGGUGCUUUUUCGUUUUUGAGUCUGUUUAAUCAUAGUUGUAAUCCAAACGUAGUCAGACACUGUUAUGGAAAUGUUGUUGUUUUAAGAGCUAUUAGAAGUAUCCACAAAGGUGAACAACUCUUUGAUAAUUAUGGGAAAAGAAUCACGCUUCGCAACUCAAAUUUGGCGGGAGAAACAAAUAAUAGCAGCUCUGUUUAUAUGGCUGUAGCAUAACGCAGAAUGAUGCUUUCCUGUCGGCAAUGGCGAAGUUUAUAGUGCAAGAGUUUGCAGUAGCGUAGAAAUCGUAUAUUGGCAAAGAAAACGUCCACCGCGUGCAAAGGGACGCUGCUAUAUCAAAACAAAUAUGGCUGCCGCAAGGCUUCGACGAUUAGCGUUGAUUUUAAUAUUUAUAUUUGAUUAGAAAAGUGUUAAAAAUGAUGUUACCGUCUUGGAAUACAUUGUGUAAUUAUACUGAUGCAGCUCCGUCAUCUCCAAAUAUUAUUGAAGGUGAAAGAGCUGUUAAUUCUGGUUUCAUAAUUGUAUGUGGAAAGACUUGCAAAGUUACAAACAGAAUCGACUUAUUUUCAUUGUGUUUACGCACUAGUGGAUUGGCUUCCGAGCCGCAUACUAUAAUAGGAAAAUUGUCGAUUAAGAGUAAUAUUAACAAUAGUGGAAUUCAUAAACAAGUAUCCAUUAAUAUAAUGGAUUGUGGUCAACCAGAUUUGUAAUAUUAUUACUCUCAACUUUCUGUUUACUUUUUCCCUUCUUUGAAUUUUCACUCCUCACUGCCACUUUCUCUUUAUUCUUAAUGUUGCGUCUGGUAUUCUGAAAAAAAUUGUGUGUGUCAGCUCCGACGCACGACUGGAGUUUACUCCUAAAGUUCGAUAGUCUAACCAGACGCAAAAAGAGUUUAUUUAACUUAAAAAAGAUUGAUACUGUAUAAAAGGGUAAAUUUUAACCGACUUUAAGAAAAUUGAUAAAAAAA